CGGAGCACCCUAUAAUAUCGACUCGCACGCAAACAGCAGUCACGGUCACGGUCCCAAUACCCCCAACAGCGCCAACUUUAUCGGUGCAGGAUCGCGACCGGGCUAUGAAGCGUACGGCCGUUGGUGCGUCUGCCUCCCGUUCGAGAAACAACUCGGUGUCGAGCUCGCAUCGGCGUGGGUUCUCGGGACACGGAUCCGUAUCAAACCAAAAUCCACCGGGUUCGGCUGGAGCGGGUGCUAGUGGGUAUUACGGACACACAUCCACCUACUCGCAAUCGUCCAUCAAGUCGGGCAAGGAGACCAAGAGUGCGCGUGGAGAUAAGGAAAAGUUGAGCAAGGAGGAGAGGAAGCGGGAGAUGGCGGCGAUGGAUAAUUUGAUUGCGGCGUUGGACCAGAGCGCGGAGAUGGACCGGAAACGCAAGCGGGAGCUCGCGGCGGCGGCUGGUGUUGCGGAAACGAAUGCGAAUGCGACGGCUGGUGUGAAUCAAAAUCAUCAGCAGACUCUUCAUCAUCAGCAUAGUAAUAGUGCGGUUGGAGCGGAGGAUACUAGUCGACCGUCGUCUCGCCGAAAGGAUGUCGCUAUCACGGGCUCGUAUCCCCUUCCUCCUCCUGAAGUGUUUAGAGCUGCGCUUGCGGGUGGUAGCAGGAGUGGGCUACAGCCGCAGGUACAUAGCAUCGACGAUGAUGAUGUGGAUGAAGUCGACGACGAAGAGAUUGAGAG